GAAGGUUGUUACUUUGUUUUAAUGGGUACCGGAAUCGAAAUCAAAACAAACAUGGGGGCUCCCUCUGCGCAACUUGCUUGUGAAGGGGUUGAGAAACCUGUUUUCGAUUUUGAAGCUGUGUCCCCUACUAUGUUGAUACUUGGCUUUCUGAGGGAUCUAUCCAUUGAUUUUGAAAUCUCCUGUUUUGAAAUGCACCCUACCAUUAGUGAUCAAUGAUCAGGAUCCCACCCUCCACUAUGCUCUUGAUUAUUUUUGCAAGGGGUUGUGGGGGUGAGAAGAGGAUUUGAUGGCGUUUUUGUCUGGAUUUGUGUUAUUGCUAAAUGGAGUCACACGCAAUGAUUCUUCCGUCGUGCUAUUAUUCAGUUCCUCUAGUAUUGUCCACUACCCAACCUACUCCUCCAUUUCUUGCUUUUCCUUCAAAAACUUCUCUUUCAUUUCCGCGCCUCAAUUUUCCUACCACAGCAGGAGGAAGGUUGUGGCACUGUCUAACUGUUAUUGAAGGCUUGUCCUCUGCCAGUUCCUCUGGAAGCAGUGUUGAUGUUGAUGAUGGCAGUGGCGGUGGCGGUGGAAAAGAAGAGGUACUGUUGGAUGAGAGUCGAAUGGUUAGGGUGUGUGAUAAGCUUAUUGGUGUUUUCAUGGUUGACAAGCCCACACCUACCGAUUGGAGGAGGUUGCUGGCUUUUAGCAGGGAGUGGGACAGCAUUAGGCCCCAUUUCUUCAAGCGAUGUCAGGAUAGGGCAGAUGUCGAGGCUGAUCCCACAAUGAAGGAGAGGCUGCUCCGCCUUGGAAGGAAGCUUAAAGAGAUUGAUGAGGAUGUGCAAAGACAUAAUGAUCUACUUGAAGUUAUCAAAGGGGACCCAUCAGGAAUUACUGACAUUGUCGCCAAGCGUCGUAAAGAUUUUACAAAAGAAUUCUUUGUGCACCUUCAUACUGUAGCUGAAUCCUACUAUGACAAUGCUGAAAUGCAAAAUGAACUUGCAAAGCUUGGGAACAUUUGCUUGGCUGCUGUACAAGCCUAUGAUGAUGCAACCGAAAGCAUGGAAAAGUUAAAUGAAGCAGAGUUGAAAUUCCAAGAUAUUUUCUCUGCUCAAGGCUGCAUUACAAGCCUCCCUCUCUUCAAGCUUGUUCUUGCAAGUUAUUUGAAUUACAAGCUCGAUAUUAUUUUACAUGGUAUCAGAGCCUCCAAAGUCAGAAAUGACAGAUCACUCACUAGAUCCGAAUGCAAGUCAUUCAUCGAAUUUCACUGCAGAUUUUGAGAGAUUCACUAGUUUCAUGUGUCAAUUCUCUCAGUUUCAAGCACAUAUCGGCAGAUCCGGCUCCUCUUCUACCAUUUCCGAUCCGAUCAGUCCUUAUUUUUUCAUCCAGAAGAAAGUCCUGGAACUCCUCUGAUUCCGCUCUAGCUAACGCCGCAAAAUUAUUACCAGUGGUCGCAUGACAUGUGGAGAGCACUGAGAUCGAAGAACAAGGUGAAGUUCCUUGAAGGAUUGAUUCCGAAACCGACCGAAGGCGAUCCUACUUUCGAAGCAUGGGACAGGUGCAACAAUCUUCUUCUCUCUUGGAUCAACCUCUCUCUCAGUCCUGAGAUUGCUAAAAGCGUGAUGUAGAUUAGUUCAGAUGCAGAUUUGUGAAACGAUUUGAGGCAUCGUUAUUUGCAUGGAGAUAUUUUUCGAGUAGGUGAGUUGAAAGAGGAAUUCUAUGCACUCAAACAAGGUGAUCUCUUUAUCACUUCUUAUUUUACAAUGUUGAAGGCUAUUUGGGAAGAAUUAAAAAAUUUACAUGCCAUCCUUAAUUGUGUUCCUUGUGUGAGCGGUUGCUCUUGUGGAUUAAAAAUUGUUCGAGAUCAUGCAUCUGAAGAAUAUGUUGUUAAAUUUUUGAGAGGUUUGAAUGAACAAUAUUCCACUGUUAAAUCACAAAUUAUGCUUAUGGAGCCAUUGCCUGAAAUCAAUAUUGUGCUAGUUAUGCUAACUCAAACAGGAACGACAGUUAAAUUGUGAGUUGUCUGAUAGCAAAAUUGUAACUAAUUCUUUGGAAGUGCAAGACUCGGCUGGAGGUGGUUCAUUCCCAGCGAGAGGCAGAAGCCAUGGGAGAAGUACAGGUAGAGGAGGCACUCAGAAAUCCUAUGGUCGAGAAUACACUUCCAAGCUUUGUAGCUAUUGUAAUCGAAUUGGUCAUUUAGCAGAAACUUGCUGCAAGAAAAAAGGCUUUCCUGCUCACUUAAAACAGCGAGUAGCUAAUCAAAUCAGCACUACAGGGACAGUUGAGAAUUCCAGUGCUGAGAUCACUGAUUCUGGCUCGGAUGAAAAGAGUAGCGAUAAAUUGCUUGUGUUAACUCCAGAUCAGAAAGAAACUUUACUGGCUCUCCUCCAACAACCAUUCAUGCCAGCUUCCAAUUGUGUUAACCACAUCUUUUCUUCGGCCACCCUCACUCAGCCAAAAAGUAGGCAUUUCUUGAGUCUGUCAUCAAAUUUUAAUAAAACCUCUUGGAUACUUGACAGUGGAGCCAUUGAUCAUGCAUUGUACCUUCAAGAGUCUUUUAAAACUUUCUUUUACAUGAAGUCAGUCUUAGUAAAUCUACCUGAUGGCUCCACCACCACCACAAACAUUUGUGGCACUGUACAACUUUCGAACAAUUUGAUCCUUACCAAUAUUUUAUUCAUACAUCGCUUCAAAUAUAAUUUAAUUUCAGUUUCUAAACUCACAAAAUCAUUGCAUUGUGAAUUAAAAUUCACUGAUUCUUCUUGUGAGAUACAGGUACUCCCAUCAUUGAAGAUGAUUGGACAAAUGUCAUUGGUGAUCUCUAUAUGAUGAAUGCUCAACCUUGGAAACUAACUACACCAGCAGUUCAUAUACCCUCUGUAACACAUUA